AUGUUGAAGAAGUUGUCCACGGCAAUUGAAGCUACUUCCGCUGGUUCCAGCUCCAGUUCUACUGCUUCUACUGCUAGUGCUCCAGCUCCUACUCCUGUUUCUACCAGUACUUCCAAGUACUCUGACGAUUACUACGAAGCCCAUGCUGACGAAUACAUUAAUUUCACCUAUAAGUCGCCAACCAUCUACCAUGUGGUGGACUACUUUGGAAGCAAGCUUGAACAUGCUGGCUUUCUGUUCAUUUCUGAAAAGGAAUCGUGGGACUCGAUUAGACCUGGAAAGUACUACACUGUCAGAAACGGCUCUGCUUUAGCCGCGUUCAUAGUUGGUGAACACUGGAAGCCCGCUAAGGGUGUUGGAAUCAUUGGUUCGCACAUCGAUGCGCUUACAGUGAUUUUAAAGCCCAACUCUACCAAAGCCAAAGUAGAAGGUUACGAGCUUUUGGGUGUAGCCCCAUACGCCGGUACUUUGGGCGAUGUAUGGUGGGAUAGAGACCUUGGGGUAGGUGGUAGAUUGCUUGUGAAAGACAGUACUGGCAAGGUUGUGCCACAGCUUGUAGACUCUACCCCUAACCCUAUUGCCCAUAUUCCUACUUUAGCACCUCACUUUGGAGCUCCAGCUGUGGGUCCUUUCAACAAGGAAACGCAGGCCGUUCCCGUGGUUGGUUUCUCCACUGAAGACCCAGAAGAACCCACCGAAGAAGAAAAGUCCGCUCCUUUAUUUGGCAAACACCCUAUGACCUUGUUGCGUUACAUUGCCAAAAAGGCCAACGUCAAGGUUUCGGACAUUGUCCAAUGGGACUUGCAAUUGUACGACAUCCAGAAGGGUGUCAAAGGAGGUUUGAAUAAGGAGUUUGUUUUUGCACCCAGAAUUGACGACAGAGUCUGUUCCUUCGCAGCCAUCAACUCGUUGAUUGAAGUCGAUAACGACCAUUUGCUCAAGUCGGACUCGUUCUCGCUCGUGGGUCUUUUCGACAACGAGGAAAUCGGUUCGGCAACUCGUCAAGGUAUCAAGGGUGGUUUGACUGAAUCUGUCAUCACUAGAGUCAUCUCGUCUAACUACUUCAACCCUAAAUCCUACGAUGUUCAGGAACAAAUCCGUUUGACUUAUGCCAACACCAUCAUCUUGUCAGCUGACGUCAACCACUUGCUCAACCCCAACUUUGCCAACGUUUAUUUGGAGCACCACAAGCCUGUUCCCAACACUGGUGUCACCAUUGCCUUGGACCCUAACGGACACAUGGCUACCGACUCCACUGGUUUAGCUCUUGUUGAAGAAUUGGCCAAACUCAACGGCGAUACGUUGCAAUAUUUCCAGAUCAGAAAUGACUCCAGAUCUGGUGGUACCAUUGGCCCUUCAAUUUCGUUGCAGACCGGAGCCAGAACCAUCGACUUAGGUAUCCCUCAACUCUCGAUGCAUUCUAUCAGAGCUACUGUUGGUACCAAGGAUAUCGGUUUGGGAGUCAAGUUCUUUGCUGGUUUCUUUUCCAAUUGGAGAAAGACCUACGACAGCUACAAGGACUUGUAA